GUAGAGCCAGGUCUUGGGGACGUGUCCCCGAGUCUCCAAGGUGACGGGUCAUAAUAAAUGCGCGGGACCCUGUCUUCCGGCCCCCAGAUCUCAGCCGGCUGCUUAAUGAGGCCGGGCAAAGGAUCCUAACGUCCGAAGCCCUGCUAUCAGAAAUACACAAUCAACUGGUGACUGAAAGGAAACUUUGUUUCCCAACAUCCAUUCCCGCUAUGUACGGGCCAGGUCACAAAUUGAUUUAGAACUGGAAGAGGAAACAGAGAUCAAGAGAGGGGAGGAGACUUUUCCUAAGGUCCCAUAUGCACGGGGGAUACCAAUUGGAAUUCCUAUGAAACGACAAUGAUGCAUGUGUACACUCCUAAACGAAUAGAAGUUCCUGACCCAAUUCGUCAUAGUGAUUUCAAAAGGUUAGGAUAUUCAUACAAGCUCAAUGAUCCUAUCGGCAACCAAACGGUAUACAAUGAACAGUAUGAUUGGAAACCAUACUCUAGAGAAGAAAUGAUAAAUACUGCAACAUCUUUGGGAGGUGUCAUCAAUAGGCCCCAUCCUAGCAAGGAAUUUAUGAUCUGGAAACUACCUCGACAAUUUUCAAAUACGCAAUCAGACUGUUCUUCUCCAUGGAGAAUUCCUGCUACAAUCAAAGAAAUCCAUAAAGCAAUAGCAGAUCAGUAUACCUCUAGUUUCCGAGAAGACUACUUGGACAAAUCAAAAUUAAUAAAACUGAAACAAACUAUGCAAGUGCCUCUUGAUUGGAAAAAAUUACUUCCUCGGCGUCUAGAAACUGAGUUUCGGCGUAAUUUCCAAGUCCCAGUGAAGAUACCUGAAUUACGAGACUUGACUUUCAGAUAUGGAUGUAAUGCAUCAUUACCAAUUGCUGCUUAUGGACCUGUUCCUUCUGUUCUGCUUAGUCACAUUUGGAACCAAGAACAUUCAAAGAAACAGAGUACAUAUGAAAGACAUUAUGGAAAAGAGUACUUAGAUUUUGUAAUGAUUUUGAAUUCUCUCAGUGAAACUGAAAUCAAGAAAUACCUUGAUAAAGUUCCAGAGCAUGAAAGAAAAAUUCUUCAGAACUUCAUUAAUGAAAAUUACAAUAGUGGCAACAAGCAUAAAUAAGUAAGUUUAGCCAAUGUCUGUGGAUAUCAACCUGGUGCUUAAGGAACAGAUUCAUACUUCUGUCAAUAUUGGAAAAUAAUAAGAUGGUUUUUAAUGUGAA